AUGGUUUUAUUAAGUAACGAUGUAUUUAUUCAAGAACUUAAUAAAUUAUGUGGACCUGUAGAAGGUAAAAAGAAAACAUCCAUAUGGAUAACUAUGAAAAGAGUUAAAAGAAACGAUAUAAAAACUUUGUCGAGCAACAAAGACGCAGGUGAUAAAAAGAAUACCAAAAAAGUAAAUAAAAACGAUAACAAAGGAAAUAAGAAAUAUAUGUGCUUAAUAAGAGCUACCGAUGGUAAAAACAAAAAAAUAUCCACGCACGUUUAUGAUAAUGUAAUAUCUUUUACUCAAAAUAUUAACAGCAUUAUAAAAUGUUAA